GCAGCUAGCAAUCGCACUAAAUCGCAAUCAUGGACAAUGAUGCAUACUACUAUUUGCUAAGUCUUCUUCCUCUUUGUUACUACGUGACCCGAUUAUACAGAGCCUCUUUUGGCUGCCGCAGCCAUGGUCUCCGGCUCCCUCCGGGCCCAUGGCAGCUUCCUGUGAUCGGCAGCCUCCACCACCUCUUCCGCGCCCUCCCGCACCGUGCCUUACGAGACCUGUCACGUCGCCACGGCCCACUCAUGUUCCUCAAAUUCGGCGAGAACCCGGUGAUCAUUGCCUCCACUGCCCAAGCAGCAAAGGAGAUCAUGAAGACUCACGACAGCGUCUUCUGCACGAGGCCGCUGAGCUCCUCCGUGAAGGUCACCAGCAAGAAUGGCAUGGGGAUCGUGUUCGCCCCCUACGGCGACCACUGGCGGCAGAUGCGCAAGAUAUGCUUCAUGGAGCUUCUGAGUGCCAAGCGCGUCGGCUCUUGCCGACCCGUCCGCGAGGAGGAGGCGAUCCGGCUCAUCCGGUCCGUCUGGUCUGCGUCAGAGUCAGGCGGCGAGCAACUUGUGAAUCUGAGCAAGUUGGUGGCCGCGUACGUGACGGACACGGCGGUGCACACCAUCAUGGGCAGGCGGUUCAAGGAGAACGACACCUUUCUCCGGUACCUCGACGACGCCGUGCGCCUGGUAGACGGUUUCACCUUGCCUGACCUGUUCCCGUCUUCAAGGCUGGCGCGCGUCCUGAGCGACGCACUGCGCCAGGCGGAGGUCCUUGGUGAGGCUCUGAUGAUGUUCAUGGGCAGUGUCAUAGGCGAGCAUCUGGUGACCAGGAACUCCUCGGAUGAACCGCACCAGGAUGGUCUGAUCGAUGUGCUCAUGAGGAUUCAGGGAGAAGGCGACCUUCAGUUCCCCCUCACCAUGAGCAGCAUCAAAGCAGUGAUUUGGGAUCUUCUGUCAGGGGGGACCGAGAUAGCAACAACAACGCUGCAAUGGGCAAUGGCCGAGCUGAUGCGGAACCCGAGCGUCAUGUCCAGGGCGCAAGCUGAGGUCAGGGCAGCCUUCAUGGGACAAAUGAAGGCGUCUGAAGAUGGCCUAAGUGAGCUGAGCUACUUGCAGUGCAUCGUCAAAGAAACCUUACGGCUGCACACUCCCGGGCCAUUGCUGAUACCGAGGGAGAGUCGAGACGAUUGCAAAAUACUCGGCUACGACGUGCCCAAGGGGACUACCGUGAUCGUCAACGCCUGGGCUAUCUGCAGAGACCCAAAAUGCUGGGACGAACCGGAAGCGUUCGUGCCGGAGAGGUUCCUGGGGAGCACGAGGGACUACAAGGGCAACAACUUCGAGUUCAUACCCUUCGGUGCCGGUAGAAGGAGUUGCCCUGGGAUGCUAUUUGGGAUCGCCAACAUGCAGCUAGCCCUCGCUAGUCUUCUGUUUUAUUUCGAUUGGAGCCUACCGGAUGGUGUUCUUCCGGCCGAACUGGACAUGGGAGAAACCAUGGGCGUCACGGCUAGGAGGAAGCUGGAUCUGUGGUUGCGUCCAGCUUUGCGUGUGCCGCUGCCUUAGACCUGUCGUCGGUUGCAGCUUGAGACCGCAGCAAUGUUAAGUCAUUCCUAAAAAAUAAAGGACCUUGAUUCGAUGUAAUCUUCUGAGACAGCAUACUAGGUAGUAUCAUAAGUAGUAUCAUUUCUUUGCAUUAAAAUGAUGCA